AUGACGGUUCCACUGCGGGGCGUGGAGACUGGACCUUCAAAUGAGACGUACGGACCGAGGUCCCGUGUCGCAAUACUUUUCUUAACAGUAUUGAGUGCCAUCACUACAUUCUCAAACAGACAUGAAUACAUACUACAUUCUCAAAAAGAUGUUUACACAGAAUUACUAUGGAAAUCAUGGAAAUUUUUAGAUUCUUUAAAUCCAAUAUCCACAAAGGAAUUUUCAUCUUCUAGUAAAAAUGACUUAGAUAUUGAAAAAUUCGGUGACUGUGAGCAAGAAGAGUCCAGAGAACAUUUGGAAAAAGUUCACUUUUCAGAGGUAUUUAAGAGCAAAUUUAUACACCGUAAUGAAUGGGGAGCAAUAGAGCCAAGGGGAAAAGUGAAUGAUCUACAAAAACUACCAAAAUACGUCAUUAUUAUACACAGUGCCUCUACUGAAAGAGCGUUGACAGAAAACCAAUGUGCAGCAGAAGUGCGUUCAUAUCAGAUCUACCAUAUGUAUAACAAAGGUUGGUCUGAUAUAGCAUACAAUUUCUUGAUUGGAGAGGAUGGGAAUGUAUAUGAGGGUCGUGGAUGGGGUAAGGAAGGGGCUCACACGUUAGGACAUAACAAAGAAAGCAUAGGUAUUUGCUUCAUUGGAAACUUUGAAAAACGUCUUCCAAAUCAGAGAGCACUUAAAGCUGCUAAAGAUCUGAUUCGAAGGGGUGUGGAAGAAGGCAAAAUACCGACUGAUUUCAUUCUGAAGGGACACAGAGAUUUACGUCCUAAUUUUUUGAGUCCUGGAGAAUGCCUGUAUCAAGGUUUGCAGAAAUGGACUUUUAAUCAUGGAAAGUGAUACUAGUAUAACUUGUGCCGACAGCCGAGGAUGUAUAUAAUGUUUUUAUUUUAUUUUUUAUCCAUUGUGUUACAGAGAAAAAUGAAAUUAAAUUAUUAGAGCAACGUUAAAAUGGAUAUUUAGAAGUCAUACACACAUCCAUACACCCAUUUGCAUUUUAAAUGAAUAUGGAGGUUGCUUCUCAAAGUAAUCAGCUGGUCAACAAUUGACUCUAUCAUAUAAACUAAGUAACAAAUACCUCCUCACAUUAUCUUACACUUGCUCAAAAAUAUUUUUCCACAAAAUCCUUUGUUAUUCACAAUAAAACAGUUUUAAGUUGUUAAUAGACAUGCAUCUUUCAAUAUUGUGUUUCGCUUUAAAAUCCUGUAAAUCACUUUUUAUUCGCGAGAACUCUAUUUUUGCGUAAUUACGCGAGACAGUGUACUCGCGAAAAUUUAAUUCUAGCGUAUAAUAGUAUUCCUUAGUAUUAUAUAGAGAAUUUACCACAAUUCGUAAAAAUAUUGUCUUGCUCAUAAAGAGUCAAUGAGUUGACUUACUAUCUCGCGAAAAUAAGGUGUCGCGAAAAUUUUGUGAUCUACAGUACUGGUAGCUUAACAAACCAGUAAAUGUAGGUAUUUUUGGUUGUAAUAAACAUGAAAAUAUAUAUUGUUUCAUAUAUAGUUUCAUAAAGUUUUCAAUGCUGAUGUCCGUAGUAAGCGGUAAUUCACCUAAGAUAAUAUACUGCACAAUGAAUCCAACUCUUUUUGAAAUCGUUCUGAAUAUAUGUUACAUCAAGUUCCUCCAUAAAGAUAUAAUAAGGUUACAACUGUCAAAUACAUGCAGUACAGAUUUAGCUUCCUGAGCACAGAACUUACUUGUAAACGUCAGUAGUUUUGUAUUGAUUUUCUUAAGAUAAGAAUCUACAGGGAGGAUCCCAGGUAGAAUUCUAUAUUGUAGCCACUGUACAGAAGAAUCAGAGGUAGUCUUAAAACAAACUUUUAAAAAAUCUUUUACACAUAUACAUGAACAUGUAUGUAUCUAUAACUCCAUAGGGAGUUAAAUCAACUUUGGAAUUACUGUAGGAAUUAUAUCAUUUUUAUUUUCAUAUAUUGUGAAUUCUCUUUGUACAUUUUUCAUAGUUAAAUAUAUUUUCGUAAUGAAAGAGUAAAUGUG